AUGUACUAUUUCCCUUGCAGUGGAGUGUCCGGUAAAAGACAGCCUAUCCCUGAUCAGGUAGUGUUUAUGAAGUACGAGGAUAUGAAAAUGGACACAAUGCAGCAUGUGAAGAGGUUGGCUGAGUUCAUGGGGCAUCCUUUUUCGUUAGAGGAAGAGAGGCAAGGCGUUGUGCAAGAAAUUAUAAACUUGUGCAGUUUUCAGAAUUUGAGUAAUUUGGAGGUGAACAAAAGUGGGGCAUAUCAUGUCCAUAUCGCGUCCCAAACGGGGCAAACACCUUUGCUGGUGAACAACAGUGCCUUCUUCAGACGAGGAGGGGUUGGAGACUCCAAGAACCAUAUCUAA